ACCAACUACCUGAGCGGUUGGCAGCCACGAUGGUUCCUUCUUUGUGGGGGGAUAUUAUCCUAUUAUGAUUCUCCUGAAGAUGCCUGGAAAGGUUGCAAAGGGAGCAUCCAAAUGGCAGUCUGUGAAAUUCAAGUUCAUUCUGUGGAUAACACACGCAUGGACCUGAUCAUCCCUGGGGAGCAGUAUUUCUACCUGAAAGCCAGAAGUGUAGCUGAGAGGCAACGGUGGCUGGUGGCUCUGGGGUCAGCCAAAGCUUGCCUGACAGACAGUAGGACCCAGAAGGAAAAAGAGUUUGCUGAAAACACUGAAAACUUGAAAACCAAAAUGUCAGAGCUCAGACUCUACUGUGACCUCCUUGUUCAGCAAGUGGAAAAAACAAAAGAAGUGACCACAGCUGGUGCCUCCAGUCCUGAGGAGGGAAUUGACGUGGGAACACUGCUGAAGUCGACGUGCAAUACUUUCCUGAAGACUUUGGAAGAAUGCAUGCAGAUUGCGAAUGCCGCCUUCACCUCCGACCUGCUCUAUCGCACUCCCCCGGGGUCACCACAGCUGGCCAUGCUCAAGUCCGGCAAGGUGAAACAUCCUGUUGUACCGAUUCAUAAUUCGUUGGAAAGGCAAAUGGAGUUAAACAGUUGUGAAAAUGGAUCUUUAAAUAUGGAAAUAAAUGACGAUGAAGAAAUCCUAGUGAAAAACAAGAGUUCCUUAUAUUUGAAAUCUGCAGAGAGAGAUUGCAGCCUAUCAAGUGAAGAAAAUACAGAUGAUAAUAUAACAGUCCAAGGUGAAAUGAUGAAGGAAGGUGAAGCGGAAAGCUUGGCAAAUCAUGACAACUUGGCACAGCCUGGGUCAAGCCCCUCAGGCAGCUCUCCAGAAUCCCACCCGGAAGAGGGCCAAGAAGUCAUCCCAACUUUCUUCAGUACCAUGAACACCAGCUUCAGUGACAUUGAACUUCUGGAAGACAGUGGCAUUCCCACAGAAGCUUUCUUGGAGUCGUGUUAUGCUGUGCUUCCAGUGCUGGACAAACUGGGCCCCACGGUGUUUGCUCCUGUUAAAAUGGAUCUGGUUGGCAAUAUUAAGAAAGUGAAUCAGAAGUAUAUAACCAACAAGGAAGAGUUUACCACCCUCCAGAAGAUAGUGCUGCAUGAAGUGGAGGCCGACGUAGCCCAGGUUAGGAACUCGGCUACGGAAGCCCUCCUGUGGCUGAAGAGAGGCCUCAAAUUUUUGAAAGGAUUUUUAACAGAAGUGAAAAAUGGGGAGAAGGACAUGCAGGCAGCCCUGAACAACGCCUACGGGAAGACACUGCGGCAGCACCACGGCUGGGUCGUUCGCGGGGUUUUCGCCUUAGCUUUGAGGGCAGCUCCGUCCUAUGAAGAUUUCGUGGCCGCGUUAACUAUAAAGGAGGGCGACCACCAGAAAGCAGCUUUCAGCGCUGGGAUGCAGAGGGACCUGAGCCUCUACCUCCCUGCCAUGGAAAAGCAGCUGGCCAUCCUGGACACGCUGUACGAGGUCCACGGGCUGGAGAGCGACGAGGUGGUGUGACGCCUGCGGGACAGCGCCGCCUGCCGCUUGCAGGGAAGAAAGCUCAGCGAAGCCUUCCGUUGCCCCACUUAAUUUCCAGCAGCAGCUUCGACCCUCUCCACCCCCAGCCUGGGGAAAUGUUGAGGAGGAGGCAACACCUAGUGCUUUUGUAUAUCAUUUUUAAAUGCGUAUAUGUUUUGUGUGUUUAAAAAUCAAGGUGCUAUAUAUUUCAGUUCAAAGGGCCUCCUGGAAACCAAAUCGUAGCUGUUAACAGAGACUUGAACGGCGAGUUACAAGAGCAGAUUUGACACGUGAAUUUGUUGGCAUUGCUUCGUUUUGUUUUUAGCUUUGAGUUUUAAUGGGCCACCCAAAGCCAAGCUGAAAAUGAGCAAGUUCUGUAUCAAGGACUGUAACUCACAGGCAGUGUUUCAGUCAACCUAGAAUUGGACUAAACGUUUGGAGGGAGCUAAGCCCCCUGUUAAAGCUGUUGAAGUGACAGUCGGCUCUCCCCAGACAUUCUUCAGAGACUCUUCUCUCCGUAGCUCCAUGAGCGAGAAGGGGCUCUGCAGUCCAGGGUGCAGAGCAUGGGUGGGACCAUGUCACUGUGGGAGGUGAAGACAUCCACAAGGAGUGCCAUCCUGGGGUACACAUGGGGAGACCAUGGCUCUAAAGAGCCAAGUGGUGCCCUGAGCUGAGGGCAGUGUGAGAGGGGGACAGGUCACCCGAGAUGACUCUAGUGCCCACUCUUGUUCCCAUGCUUUCCCAGACAUUAUCUCAACUUGGACAUUGUAGCAACACCGUGACAUCCAGGGAUUAUUACCCAAUUUCAAAAGCAAGGUUUAAAUAGAGGAACCAGGUGAUGUCCAGGUGUGAUCUGACCACCUCUGCAUCAAAGUCACAUGAGUGCUGUUCAUACAGCAAGUUCCCGGGCCUUACCCGCCUGGAGAACCAGAUCCCGUGGGUGGGACUCAGGAAUCUGCAUUUGAAUACACUAUUCAAAUGAUUCUUGUGCACACAGAAUUGAAGAAUCGUGACAUUAAAUCCUAGUUUACAGAAUUUUCAGUCUUCUGCAUGAACUAAAUGAUGUGUUCUUUUUUCUAAAGAGGAAGAGGCUAUUAUAGAAAUGAAACAGUUAAAGGGAGAGUGAGACGCUAGCCAUGUUUACUCAGCAGCUUUCCUGAUUGAGCCAGCACCGGGCCCAGCCAGUAUGUUGCAGGCAGGGACCGGGGGGUCCCAGUGUGCUCUCUGAUCAGUCAUGGUUUAACCACCAAUUAGCAGCUGCUUAGCAAUCCUAAAAGAUUAGGGACCAUGUCAAGGUUAAAGGUGGGAUUUCAGCCUUUCAUAAACAACCUGGUGUGGACAUUGCCCUGAAAGAGUGACAGUGGGACUUGCCCUGGUGUCGGGGCCACACUGCCAGGAGUGCAUGGGAGAGAAGCCAUGGUGCCUUCCCUGUCAGAGGCCCCUUCCUUGGAGUGGCUGGAAGGCCAUCUCCUCCAUGAGGUGGCUCCCCAGGGGAGAGGGGAGUUCCUUUGAGGAGCGCAGGUGAAUGCUGCUUGAGCAGCCCUAGAAGAUGCUGUUCCGAGGGCAAAGGGAACCCCCUCCUCGGACAGAGAGGCUCAUGUAGGGAGGGGCGUUGAUUUUGUCUUCUGUGUGUCUUUUAAACAAGUGGGCAUUUAUUUAGCUCAGGUUAAUGAAGCAGGCGCUCUGCUCACAUAAGGACUUCUGGAAAAGGCUUAAACCUAGAACAGCAACAUCAGAUGUUUUAAGGCUGGAGAGAAAAUGGUGCUGAAAUGACGCUGGUUGUUUUGUAUUUCAGCACUUCCUCUUGGCACCUGCCAAGGUGCGUGUGUGUUGUCCCCCCCCGCCCAGCAAUCAGUGUGGAUGUCCCUCUCCUGCUAGUGUGGAAAUGAUGGCGGGACUGGGGGAUCCUGCCCCUAACAUAGCCUCCUAAAAGGGAAAUAAAAACCAGCCAAUCUUUGCCAGUACCUUGAAUGAAGACUCUGUAGGCUUUGUGCCAUUGGAGGGGAAGCGACCAGGAGACUAAGUGCUGGGAACCGUGACCCUCCUGAUCACCUGCUGGUGCUCCCUGUCACCAAAGGCGAACUCGUGUGGAGAGGGAGUGGGCACAGGGAACGUACCUCAGGGCUGCCCGAGAAGCUGAGUACACACAGAAAGCUGCCCGCUACGGCCCUUUGAUGUUGGUAUGGGAACUGCUGGUACACAUGACUCAGUUUCCUGGGAGGAACAAUUGAGUCUUAUCUGGGGUCAUGGGAACCUGGUAGAAUAACUGGAGUAAGUUACGUUUCCUGCCCACCCUUCCCCAGCCCUAUAGAAAGGGCGAUGUUUUUGGAAGGUAUUU